AUGGCUGCCCGAAGUGCCGCUGAAGAGAUGGAGAGGCUCCAACUGUCCGAUGAAGAUACUGAAGAUCUGUGGGACUCGCCGUCCAAAAGAGGAGCGAAGAAAGGACCCAACCCAAAGUCAUCCGUUGAGAUCCCCCCGGCAGAGUCACAAGCGUCUCACAGUGGAGGCGACACACUUUUCGAUCGAGAAGAGGCGCGUGAAAUAGCCCUCCACAACGAAUUGCAAUCUGUGCGGAACAUCAAUGAGGUCCUUGAAGGCCUUUUGAGCAGUAUCGACCGUGCCAAGGGAAAUAUGGAGACCGUCUCCAACACAGUUACAUCCGCGUCGACUCUCCUCAACACAUGGACCCGCAUUUUGUCCCAGACCGAACAUAACCAGCGUUUGAUACUCAACCCGAACUGGCAAGGCGCUACCCAAGAUGUCGCCGAUAUCGAGAACGAGGCUAUACAGAGGCAGCAGGCGGCUGAGCGACGCGAACAGGCUCUCCAGCAUCAGCGAGAAGCAGCGGCCCGCAAGGCCGAGGAGGACGAGAGGCGACGAGCAUUGAAUACCAGAGGUGGUAGGGGAACCAGUCGAGGCACAGUCCGCAGCACCGGGCUCGGAAGGACGCCGAGUGUGAACACCAGCCGCACGGGAACUCGGGGAUCAUCAACGACGACGACCCGGCGACCGGUGAGUGGGAUUGGGCGAGGAGCUGGAACCGGAACCGGAACCGGAACUACAAGUGGAAUUGCCCGUGGUCGUGGAAAGGCAUAA